AUGCAAUUGGCAGUCCACGAAGACGAUGCCGACGUCUUGUUGCAGCAAAAGAACAAGCUCGAUGACAAGGUCUUGGAUAAGUAUCGUGUUGCUGGAAAAGUAGUACAAUCAGGGUUGAAAUACAUCAUUAAUUUGAUCAAUGAUUCUUACCAUCUUGGUACCAAUAAUCCAUUAUCGUCUCAGGAAAUUUGUUAUUUAGGUGACUCGUACCUUGCCAGACUUCUUGCCAAGGUAUAUAACAACGAUGUGAAAGAGAAAGGUAUAGCUACUCCUGUGACUGUUGAAGUUAAUGAUAUUGUGGGAGGGUUUUCACCAGAAAUCGACGAUGAGACUCCUUACAUUUUUUCAGUGGGAGACAUAGUUACCGUGUCUCUUGGGGUUCAAAUCGAUGGAUAUACUGCCAACGUAUCACAUACUAUUGUCAUCUAUCCUCAGGGUCACCAAGUGGAUAGUAAACCUGCUCCCGAAGGACCAUUAGUUGGUGCGAAUGCUGAUGCCAUUUGUGCUGCUCAUAUUGCCACUGAGUCAUUGGUGGCCCUCUUGGGUCUUGCCAUGAGUCCCGAGAAGGUUCCUACAGUGUUGGGAACUGAAUCAGGAAAAAUUACCGGUAGUCAAAUACGGUUGUUGGUGGAUACUAUUGCUGCUCAAUACAACUGUGUGGUGGUUCCAGAUUCCAAGGUUCGUCGUGUUAGAAGGUUUUUGGCUGGUCAGGCCGAGGGAAUUGUUGCGGAGAAGGAUAUCAAGGGUGUAGUGUGGACUGAAAGAGACCAAGAACUUGGGUUGUUGAAAAAUGCCAAUGCCACUGGCGAUUUGGUUUUGGCGGAAAAAUCCAAGGCUCCAACGGCUACAACCACCAGUGUUAUACCUACCGAUGAUUUUGUUGUUUUUGCGGGAGAAGUGUACAGCAUUGACAUCAGAAUGUGUUCUAUUGGUUCAUUUGAAGAACCUGGUAUCAUCACCCUUGACGAAAUCGACCAAUUUACCGGAAAAAAUAACCAAGAAAACCAAUUUUCCACCCGUCCCACCAUCCAUAUCCGCGACUAUGCCGUUCACCAUCAACUUCGGUUGAAGUCUUCUCGUAAACUUUUGGGUAAAAUCGAUAAACGGUUCACGGUCUACCCAUUCAAGUUAAGUUAUGUCUCCGACAGCUUUCCUUUCGUCGAUGGAGACGUUGAAACACAUUUAGAAGGUGCCAAAAAAGAGGUCCAACAGCUCAAAUUGGGAUUAUCAGAGCUUUCCAAUCGUCGUCUUGUAAGAUCUCGUCCAGUUCAAGUUGCUCGAUUUGUCCCACUUGAAAAAAUUUUGCUUACCGACAACACCACCGGGCGUCAUGGAAUUGAUGCGGAGAAGCCCGUUUUACCAGGCUUGGAAGUACCUUUACCCAAACUUGGAAUCUCGUCGCUUAAAUUGAAGUCAUUAUUGAAGCACAGCAAAUCGGUUCCAGUAGCAAGAGAAAGUUGCACAAUUGUGUUGAAUGAAGUAAACAACGAUGUUAUCCGUCUCAGCGGCAGCGGAGCAGCUAAUCCUAGCUGGGUCCACUCGCAAUACCAAUUAACUGGUGCAAUGGCAGACACCGUCAACCAACUUUCCACCAUGAUGAAAGACAAGAGAUUUGGAAUAAAUAUCAAGGAAACUCGCCCGUAUCGUGAAGGCAAGGAAGAGAUGGACAUGAAUUAG